AUGGAAUCGUCUCCCUUAACCUUAGCGCAUUCCCAUGCUCGUAAUGCCCUCUUCGAAACACGCAAAUCUAACCCAGUAGCGGCCAGCGAGGAACAUGAUCUCGCAGCUGUCGAGUUUUCAACUGCAGCACAAGGCACGGUUGACCCGGACGCAUUGCGAACACUUGAACUUCUCGAAAAACAUCAUAAACGGCUUGCAGAGAUCCUUAGAUUUCAACAUGAGCACCCUGCGGAGGCUUCUCCUGAACGUGCAAAUGUACUCUCGGUGCCUUCAACAACCCAACCUCCCAAGUCAGACUUGCCAAGCCUUGGUAGAAGAGAGACAUCGGCUCCGUUUUCCUAUGUAGAAAACGUAAAUCCACCCCCUCGUCUCCCUGCUCAGCAUAGACCUGUGCAACGCGACACUACUUCUAUAGCAAGCAAUUUAGCAUCGGCUCGUGGUAUUCCCUCUCAUCCUGCUCGAGGUAGUCCUGCAUCACCCGCUGUAUCGACUCAGAAUGCUGGGGCCAAAAUGGCUGGUGCUCCAGUGCAGAUGAGCCAUGAUGGAGCAAGCCUCGAUUCCCUAGACACCGAGUUAAAGGCUCGUCCAAGCUUAGCAUCCAAACAGAAACCAUCUUGGACUCCAACUGGGAUGAGUCCCGCAGAUAUUACGGGGCAGCAGAUCAACCCACCAGCACCAAGUGACGCCUUAACAUCUAAACUUGGGUUUGGAUUCUCAACAGAUGAGCCAUUCCAGCGGUUUUAUUCGACAUUUGAAGGUCUCAUAUCGAAACUUUCAGGUCCGCUUACCUUUGCUAGUCUACCCCUUGGCAUUGACACUUCUACCCAGAAAUCUGCAGCAGAUCCCCAAGUUGACCGGAACCCAGCAUCUGCAGAUAUUCCCAGCUAUCUUACAAACCAACCAGAUGUGAAUAGGUUAGUUUCAAAAGCUGCACUGCGUGCUAUCAGAGAUAAGGAUGGCCUGAACGGAUUACUCGGCCAGCCAAACCCGGUGGAAUCAUUCUACGUCGUCCCAACCGCUGGUGGAACGAUAUCCUACGCAGGCAUUCUCUCUCGAGCCGAAAAGGAAGCCCGCAGACACAGCCUAGACAGCAGCCGCGAUGACGAUUUCGUUGAUGCCCGCGAGAACCCUCCAACCCCUGAAUCUUUGCUUCCCGUAGCAGGAGACAAGGGCGGAAAACGAGCAGCACGGAGCAGAGCAUCAGGCGCAACGCAGCCAAACACAAAGACAAUGGAAGAACUACAAAUGGAAAACCAAGCGCUGAAACACCUGUCGGACACGCUCUCCAAACGGCUGCAUAUGUGGGAAGUCAAUGCGCAGUCGUCAUCCUUGGCAUUACAACAAUCUCUGAAGGCAAUGCAGCACCAACCCACCUCUUCCCCUGGACGGCAGCUCUCUCCCACAUCCUCAGCUGUACCACAUGAACCGCGUCUUCAUGGGAUACAAUCAUCGCCAGCGCCAGCAGCAGGGGCAGCACCAGUACCAACACAGGAACGCGUCGUUUCGGGGGAAUCGCUACCAUCUAGCUCUGAUGCUAAUGAGGCACGACUAAAGGAGCUGGAAGAGUUGCUUCGUCGUGGGGAAAAGGAGCUGCAGCGUGUGGGGCGUGAGAAUGAGAAGCUGAGAGAUGUAGUGGGGAGGUAUAGGGAUCGGUGGGAGAAAUUGAAAGAAGGGGCUAGGGUGCGGAGGGAAGGGAAUGGGAAUGGGAAUGGAGGUACUAAUGGAGCCGGGAAAGGGACACGUACAGAUAUGGGGAAGGUGGUUACUGCCACUCCUAGUCCUGAGGUCGCGGAUGUAGCGCAAGUUACAAGUCGUGCCGGUGACGGCGGUGGCAUUGGUUCUGCUGAAGGGAAAGGGGGUGAGCAAUAA